AAAUACGGCCGUCUUGGCAGCGGCUCCACUUCCUGCUCCUCUUCUCUUCUCUUCCUCCUCAGCUGCUGAGCUAGGGCACAGCACAGCACGGCACGGCGCCAACAUGUCGGAGAAGAAAAUGACUUCCAGCCGCAGGCAUCACCUCAAGAGUCUGAUCCUGCAGAUCGCUUUCACCUGGCUGAAGGAUGAGAAGAAAACCUUGGCCGAGGAGAAGGAAGCGUAUCUGGCGGAGCAUUGCCCCGCCCCCAACGCGUGGGGCGACCAAGCCGCGCUCAUGGAGCUGUGCAGGAAACUCCACGCCGCCAUCGACAAGAUUGACGAAGAGCGCUACGACGCCGAGGCCAAAGUCAACAAGACCAACAAGGAGAUCGAGGACCUGCACAUAAAGGUGGUGGAGCUGCGAGGCGUGAAGAAGCCGGCCCUGAAGAAGGUGCGCAUGUCGGCCGACUCCAUGCUCAAAGCGCUGCUGGGCUCCAAGCACACCGUCAACAUGGAGCUCAGGGCCAACCUCAAGCAGGUCAAGAAGGAGGUCAAGGAGGAGCCCAUCGAGGCGGUGGGCGACUGGCGGAAGAACGUUGAAGACAAAGCCGACAGGAAGAAGAUGUUUGAGGCUUCCUAAGGCCCUUCUUUGCUCUCCUUGAACAUCCGUCAAAGGCUCCUCCUUCAUUUCUUGCAAUAAACUUUUCAAUCUUGGGUCCA